GCCGUCAUUGUCACCUGUCACGAUCACAAGCAGCGACAGCGGCAGCGGCGAGGGACGCAGAGAGAGGAAGGUAGAGAGGGAGAGAGGGGUGGAGACUGGAGAGAGAGAGAGAGAGAGAGGAAGGAAGGUAGCGUAGAGCAUGAAUCCUUCACAUCUAAUGGUGUCUACAUGGUCGGCAGCUGGCACGCCAUCGCAGCUGCAGGCGGAGAAGGAGAAUCUACCAGCAGUGUAUAACAAGAGUUACGAGGCGGCGGUGACGACGGUGCCGACGACCCCCAGGGCGAAGUCGACGAGAGGUGGCGCCACCGUCACGCCGGCGCGGACUCCGCUGGGUCUGCGUAACGGCUCGCCGACGUUCGGGAAGCCAGUGAGGAGGCUGUCGGCCGGAAUGUUCCUAUUCAGCGCUCUGAGCGGGGGCGGCAAGCUACGCAAGAGGCUGCGACGUGUCUGUUUCGAUCCUUCCUUCAUACACGCCGACGAGGGCGAGGAGGAGCCAAAGAGCCAGGAGGAGCGGAAGAAAGAACAGCAGGAAGAGGAGGGGUAGCAGCAGCAGCA